AUGUAUUCUUGUAGGAAGGACACGAACGAUGCCGCGCCGGAGAGGAUCGACCGGUCCGCCAUCAAGACAACUUCCAAGGCGAUGCUGGAUUAUUCGUAUUUGGCUAGUAUACGCGAUGAUGUCUCUUCGAGCAACAUGUUUGACGCUGGUUCCUUGCAAAUAGAAAUUCAUUUUGAUUUUAGACAUUAA